AUGAGUGGGAGUAGAGAUCUUGUUUCUAAGAUGAGUGUUCAGAGGGCAAUGUUAAUCAAAGGAGAAGAUAUGCAAGGGUUCGUUGAUCUUGGUGAGGAGCUUGGAGCGGUCAAGUUCGAGGUCGCCGAGAUCUUGGUGUCAUGGGCAUCACCUGGCGUGGUAACCCAGGAGGCGCUGGCUUGUGGGCGAGCUUGCCAUGAGUUGGCAUUGAGGCGAGCUAAGCAUGGAGAUCUGGGUAGUGUCGNCGUGGUAACCCAGGAGGCGCUGGCUUAUGGGCGAGCUUGCCAUGAGUUGGCAUUGAGGCGAGCUGAGCAUGGAGAUCUGGGUAGUGUUGCUGGGUGCUUGGCGCUAUCAGGCAAGCAUGCCAUGGGUGUUGAAGGUGAGGUGCCUCUGGUGGAAGCUCCAUCAAGCGAGGUUGAUCGGGGAGUGAGCAUUGCAGAAUCGGUACCUCUAGGUGCUGGGCAAGGGUCGACAAGCGCAAAGGAGGCGUCGACAGCUAUUGGGUAUGACCAGGCAGGCGUGCAAGAGGUUGGGCAUGGAGCUAGGAAGUAG